UCAAUUAGUUUUUUCAUGAACAAUAUAAUUCACAAAAUGUAAUUUUUUAAACAUUAAAUAAGAAUUUAAAUUGCACAAGUAUGGAAGAAGAGACAGCAAAUGUAUCUAAAUCACCAUCAAAGAGAUCAUCUCCAAUAUUAAGUAUACCAAAGGAUCCAGGUUUAUCCGGGAUAAUAGAAAAUUUGAAAUCAGCAUCGCCAACCCUUAGUGCUCAAUUUAAUAAUAAAUUAUCGAAAACACUAUCCAUCCCAGUCGCCACAUUAUCUGGCUCUCCAGAUAAAAGAUCUAUUGAUAUUCCUAUGCCAAAUGUGAGAAAUUCUGGCGGUCACUCUGCUCAAAGUAAUAAACUAGUAAAGGAUCAUUUGGAAGAGAUCAAAGGAGUCAAAUCACCUAGAAAGAAAUCUUCACCAGUCCCUAGUAUAACAAAGGAUCCAUAUGUUUAUGAAUUGAUGGAGAAUUUUGGAAUAGCUUCGCAACCACCGAGUUCUCAAUCCAAAAAAACCAAAUCACCUAGCAAACGAUCGCCAGUCACAGUAUCGCCAGGUUCUCCCACUAAAAGAUCUUUAAAUAUUUCCAUACCAAGUGUUAAAAGUUCAUCUGUUAAACAUGAUUCAAUUGGGAACACAAAUAAAAUAAAAGAAAACGAGAAAGCCUAUUUAGGCAAUGAAAAGUCUAAUGAAAUCAAUCUCCUAGAAUCGUUUUCCAAAAUUGAACCGAAAGGGAAAUUGAUAAACGACCAAGUCGAUGAACUAAAUAAAUCUUUAAAGGAACUGUCUAAAAACCUAGAAUCACCCCAGUCCCCCGCGCUACAAAGUAGCAUAAAAAAGAUAUCCGAUAUGAGCAAAACUUUGACGAACGAAGCCGAGGCGCUAAGGAAGUCUCUGAGAUUGUUAUCGAAGGACCUAAGUAUUGCCAAACAGGACCAAAACGAUGCUGACAGUCGUCCAUACCUUCUAUUCCUAAUCGAACUCAUCAUCAAUAGUAUCAACAUGAAAUGCGAAUGCUUCGAAGUCGAUUGUAUAAAUUUAGUGGUGACUGCAGAAUUUUUGGGGAAACCACCAAUAAUUCUAUACGACAACUCAUUUGAGGAGGAGGAUGACCUCAAACGACUGAACAUGGGCAAGUCGGCGCUUUUCGCAAUGACCUACGAGAGAAUACGUUCCAUUAAAGACUUCACCAUCAAAAUACAAGUGACGAAGCAGCCGCCUUGCUCGGACUGCGUAAUGAAAAUUGCCGAAGCAAAUUUAGAUUAUACUGAUGAGUUCAGAAAUUUGCGGGAAAAGUUGUGUACAAAAUGGUCUCAAGAGAAGUCGUCUGACAAUUUGUCGUGUACAACGUCGAUGCCACUAAAAAGGAAUCUGCACUACCUGAAACAUCGGGGAGAUGAUGAUUGCGAACCGAUAGGAGUAAUAGAAGUAUCGGUCAGAAUGUCUUUUCUUGGUGAGGAAAUCACAACAACUUUUUGUGGUUCCAAAGGCAAAGAAUCACCUUUGAGAAAGAAUGACGAUGGCGUUAGUCUAUGCACGUGCCAGGACGUGGAAAUGGACGUCCAGGGUAAUGUUUUGUUGAAUGAGGAUGUGCUGGUGAAGAAGAAGUACAAAGACGCUAAACCAGAAAACUGUAAUGUACCAAAUGAUCGUACGGCAAAUGUUGCCCGAGAUGACACUCCAAGAUACAACGAAAUAUAUACCAAAAUGAACGAAAACGAAUUGAAAAUAAGAGUUCCAAAAACGAAGCAUUCGGAAAGAACUGCUAGAUAUGAUAAGAUACAUGAGCUUUGUGAAUGUGAAAGUACGGCAUACAACACGAGCGAUCAGAUACAGUUUCAACUUCCGAAAGACCUACAACAAGGCACAAAUAACACAUACACAUCUGAUAUCAAAUAUACUUACAACGCUUGUGAUAUAUCUAAGGACAGAAGAAUUGUUAAUGUCACACCCACAAACUGUCCAGUCCCUGUAGAUAUGCGCAAAGUUGUACAUCCUCUUAAAGAUGUUUUCAUCCUUAAAAUUGGCAAAAAGCUGGAAACUGCAGACAAAAAGACCGACCUUGAAAUAGAACUGGUCACUCCUAAAGGCCCAACGAAAGCUAUUGAGAAUGUUUCGCAGCAAUGUAGUUCGAGCUUGCUAUCGGGCGCUGCGGGAUCGCAAAAAUUAAAAAAAUCUAAGAAAGGAAAGAAAACCGGUCUCGGCGAAUUUAGAAUACGAGAUUUGAACGACGAAAUAAACAAGCUGAUGCGUGAAAAGCGGCACUGGGAAGUACAGAUUAAAGCGCUGGGCGGGCCCGACCACGCCCGCGUCGGUCCAAAAAUGCUCGACCAAGACGGCAAAGAGGUGCCCGGUAACCGCGGAUACAAGUACUUCGGUGCUGCGAAAGAUUUGCCAGGUGUCCGCGAGUUGUUCGAGCAGGAGCCGCCGGCGCCGCCGCGGCGGACGCGCGCGGACCUCAUGCGCGACGUCGACGCGGACUACUACGGGUACCGCGACGAUGAUGACGGCCUGCUCAUCCCCCUCGAACGAGAGGCCGAGAAGGAAGCAAUAGCGAGAGCAGUAGACGAGUGGAAGAGAAACAAAGAGGAUAAUGGUGAACAAGACAUUCCAGAAGAAGAAAACAUUUACCCAGAAGACCCUGAUGACAAGAGAAUAGAAGACGAAGACGGUUCGUCCUCUAUCACAGCUCACGUGGCGGUGCCCUCGCAGAAGGACAUAGAAGAAGCCCUGCUCAGAAAGAAGAAACAAGAGUUACUGGAGAGAUAUGGAUGUUUAGAUGUUAAAAUAGAAGAGAGCUAGCCCAAUACAAUUUUACGAUUUCAA